AUGUUUUCCGGAUAUAGAAGGCGUUUCUUUCAAGAUGUGUCGUUUGCCAUUAUCUUUAUGGGGCUGCUGAGUCAAGCGAUAUCCGAUAUUCCUACAAUUCUAAGGGGUAGCAAGAGGUACUUCAUGCAAGCGAUUGAUGGUAAUGUGUUUGAUAGGAUGUUUUUAUUGGAAGGUGACAACAAAUCACAGUAUGGAACCGUUGAGGAAUUUGUAGAUGGGUCUAAGUACUACGUCCCCGAUAAUACGAAUGGUAGCCAGCCUAUAUCAAAUAUUGAAGAACAGGAAGCGUCUAUCGUAGAGUAUGCAUCGAAGAUUGUUAAUGAAGAACUGAAAACGAACAAAUGUCUAAAAUCCAUGGGUACAUGGACAUAUACUAUCUGCUAUGAUGGUCGGGUGAGGAAUGUGACUCAGAGCUUUCGAUGGGCCAAUUUCCCCGACGACAUUCUAUUGGGGGAAUCGGUGCAUGAUUCUGAAGCAGAGGAACCAUUAAAAUUACUGAAAGAUGAAGACGGUUAUUACUUGAGUGAAGUUUUGGGGUCUGGUGCUAUUUGUUCUCUCACUGGUGAAUUUAGAACAACUGAAAUCAUCUACAGAUGCGAUGGAGAUGUAAGAACAGAUAGAUUAAAAAGCGCAGUUGAGGUUGGGACCUGUAAGUAUAAGUUGACAGCAACGUUAGGAAAAUUAUGUGAAUUACCUUUGUUGUCUCAAAAUGCUUUCCCCAAUGAAAGUAAUACAAUAUAUUUUGAAAAAGGAGAUUCUGGACUCUUAGAUGUUAGUUCUUGGUUGGACCAUUAUGAGGUAGAUCGUGUGGCUGGUCAUUUUUAUCUCCUUUCAACGUAUUCUAAGCAAUUAAACAAUGAUGCGCUUUUUGUUCUUUUGUACACUCGAUUCUCAAUGGUGGAGCCCAAUAAUGCAUCGAUAUCACAGAAUAUAUUAUACAAAGACGCUUUAAUGGCUGCUAUGGACAUUUUGAAGUCCGGUUUAUCCAGAUUCUCAAUCUUUCCCAAGUUAGUUCUCAUAGAAAAACAUGAAUUAUAUCUGAGAGUAAUAGAUUAUCAGCAUAAUACCUUAUCCAUUCUAAGAUUAUAUCAAGGUUCAGAUAACUCGCUAGAUAUGACAACAGUGGAUCCUGAAGUUGUGGGGAACAUGGAGAAAGGAAACUUUUACAAUUAUUGCGAUGAAUACUUAAAACAGAAAAAAGUAUCAGACUACAAAUAA